AUGUCUUUGAAGUACACCCCGAUACAGCUGUUUGUGGAGCUGUCCUUCUUCACCAAACUAUCCGACAGAAAGCUCAACGAAUACAAACUCGAUGCUGGACCUCGGGAGAUCCACGGUUUCAUGACCCUGCCGCUUCAUCUCAACAAGUUCAACGAUACGCCUAUCAUCAACUUGGACUACUCCAGUUUCGACGAGUACGAGGAGAACCAUACCACCUCGAAGGUCCCUGGCUCUCUUAUCAAUGUGAACACCAUCGAGGAGUUCAAACUGUUUGAUAAGCUCAGCAGCCUCAAGCUGUGGGGAGAGUCACUCAGAACGGAUAUGGAAACGGGCCUGUUCACACAGAAAUUCUAUCUUUUGGCUUUCGCCGACCUCAAGAAGUACAAGUACUACUACUGGCUUGCGUACCCGUUGCUCCACUCGCCGUGGCUGUUGGUGGAGCUGAGCAACAAUAACGAGUACGAGCUUGAAAUCGAGGAGUUUCUCAAGAGGAACCCGAAGGAGGCGUUCUUUUCCGUGGUAGACGAGGAGAUCGUCGCCUUGGACACCUCCGCCUCGACCUUCGUCUACGUGGACGCGUGCCUCAAUCGUGAUAACUGGCCGCUGGUGCAGCUCAGAAACUGGCUCUACUUUCUUGCUCUCAAGGGCAAAAAAUCCGUCAAGUUACUUGUUUACCGCAACAAUGGUCUGUCUCAAACGCUCAAGUUGGCGUUGGACUCGGAUUUUGACGUUCUGGAACCGCCAAAAGUGACGGGUUGGGAAAGAACAGUACAAGGUAAACUAGGGCCGAAAUUGGCAGAUCUCGGGUCGCUCAUUAACCCACAGCAGCUUGCAGAACAGGCGGUGGAUUUGAAUUUGCGUCUUAUGAAAUGGCGUGUGGCCCCACAGCUCGAUUUGGAUAUCUUGAAGAGCCAAAAGGUGCUUCUUUUGGGUGCUGGCACCCUCGGAAGCUACGUAGCCCGUGCUCUUCUCGGCUGGGGCGUGAGAGAUAUUACUUUCGUUGAUAAUGGCCGUGUUUCCUACUCCAAUCCCGUGAGACAGCCGCUAUUUGGGUUCAAGGACUGCUUCAGCGACAUCAACAGACAGGGAGCACCCAAGGCUGAGAGGGCCGGUGCUGCUUUGAAGGAGAUUUUUCCGUCUGUCAGGUCCAGGGGCUUCAACGUGACAGUGCCGAUGAUAGGCCAUCCUGUGGCCGAAGGCUCCAAUCUAGAAGAUAGCUACGAGACUUUGGCCGAGCUCUUUGAUGAACACGACGUGGUGUUUCUCCUCAUGGACUCACGGGAAUCACGCUGGCUCCCUACGGUGAUGGGCCUAGCUCACAACAAAAUCGUUAUAAAUGCUGCACUCGGCUUUGACUCCUACCUUGUCAUGAGACAUGGUUCUCUCGAAAUGGAGAACCGUUUGGGCUGCUACUACUGCAAUGACGUCGUGGCGCCAAGCGAUUCUCUCUCAGACAGAACCUUGGACCAGAUGUGCACGGUGACGCGUCCUGGAGGAGCUCUCAUGGCGUCUUCCAUUGCUGUUGAGCUUUUGGUGUCGGUGUUACAGCAUCCCGAGAAAGAGCGAGCUUCGGCUGAAGAAAGCACCAAGUUUGGCCACGUUCCCCAUCAGAUCCGUGGUUUCCUCAACAACUUCCAGCAAUCGAAGCUCUGGGCCCCUGCUUACACUUGCUGUAGCGCAUGUUCUCCAGCAGUCAUUCAGGGGUACAAGAAAGAGAAGUGGGAGUUUGUGAAGCGGUGUUUGAACAACAAGAGCUAUUUGGAAGAAGUCAGCGGUCUUGCCAAGGUACAGGCAGACGCCGAAAAGGCUCUUGAGGAAUUGGAGCUUGAGGACGAUUUUAGCAGUGACGACUUUUGA